AAGUAUAAGUUAUUUUACACUUUUGAAGUAGAUUGUAUUUUUUGUUAAAAAUUAUGUUGUCUAUCCAGUACAUACAUUAACAUCCUUACGGCAUCAUAAAUUUACACGCGCUUAUUUGUUAUUACAACAGCAAAUUUGUAUAUAACAUGAUUAAAUAAGGUAAAAACUGAAAUUGUAAGAAAUAAUUGCGUGUAAUGAUAAAUAAGCAUACGAUGCCGUAAUGAUGUUAAUGUAAGUACUUACAUACGUAUUGGAUGAAAAACAUAAUUUAAAUUCUAUAAAAAUUGCAGCGUAUAUAAUGAAUUAUUAAUAAGUGCAGUGACUAUAACACAGCUGUAAUAGGUAGUCAAAAAGAAAUAAACUACCAUUAAAAAAAGGAGGUUAGGGAUCAAGGAUUUUAACUCUGCACCUUUAGAUUGCGAGUCAUGCGUUUAACCCCGGAGCUAACCAUUUCCACGUGUGAAUUUGUUAUACUUCACAAUGUAAGAAGUAACUAACUUUAGUUGUUAAUAUCUUUUAAACAAUUAGCCGUCUGUCCCCAAAAUGGGGUAUAGGCGUAUUCAGCUCGACGAACUCUACACGAUGGCAGAGUUUCAUUAAUAAGUGAACGUAACACUAGGGUAGUUUCCCUCGUUAGUCAUAAAUGCAGUACGUAUUAAAGUUAUUUUUGUGAAAUUUCUUUCUUUUAAUUACAAAAUUACCUUCAUACAAAAAUGAACGAAGCUGUGAAACAAUUAGUCUUACGUUUUGAGGACCUCAUUAGAUACAGAGCGAAUGCGCCGCAGCACUCUACCUACAUAGCCGUAUUGCUUUUUUUAAAAGCAGUAGUGUCAGAGAUCUUGUUUUGAUAUGAGCUCGCAUAUCAGAUCUCUGGUGUAAUUUUUUUCCAUGUCUUGCACUAAAUUCCAAGCGUGAUACUUUACAUUUUCUGUUUUUAUACAAUGUUAAACGUAGAAUAAAGAUAUCUUACAAGUAGGACACGAAAUAGUUGUUCAUUAUUACUUAGUUAAAAAAAAGAUAUUCGGAAGCAUUCAAAUUACAAAAGGUGAUUAAGUGAAGAAAAUGUAUACUGUUCACGUAACACCGGGUAAAUCUUCAGAGAAGCAAAAUAGUUCGAAAAAUGUUGAUUCCGAGAGAGGAAUGUAUAAAAAUCGGAGGAAAGAAUCAAUUCCUGUAAAAGUUUACAAUUAUCUGAAGACACAAAUGCAAACAGAAGGAAUUCCAAAGGGCGAACUUGAAGAACUCGGGGGCGUUUUAGGGGGUUCGACCGCCGGUGCCCUUGCCCUCGGUGGUCGGCACAAGCCCGAGGAGCUUGCCACCUUGGCGGCCAACACCAGAUUCUCCAGGAAGGAGAUACAGCUGAUUUAUCGUGGUUUCAAGCAGGAAUGCCCGACCGGUCUCGUCGACGAGGAAGCCUUCAAACAGAUAUUUUCACAGUUCUUUCCUCAGGGAGAUGCCAGCCAGUACGCUCACUAUGUCUUUAACACCAUGAAGAGGAAACCGUCUGGAAAGAUAAGCUUCGAGGAAUUUCUUACCAUCUUGUCGAAAGUAUCGAGGGGUUCGGUGGAGGAGAAACUUCAGUGGGUCUUUGGCCUUUACGAUCUAGACGGGGAUGGAUUGAUCAGUAAAGAAGAGAUGCUGGACGUGGUUGGUUCCAUAUACGAAAUGUUGGGCCGUUACACCCAGCCACAAAUAGUCGAGCCGCAUGUGGCUGCCAGAGAACACGUCGAUCGCAUUUUUCACUUAAUGGACGCAAACAAGGACGGCGUGGUUACAAUCGAGGAAUUAGUACAAUGGUGUUCAAAGGACGAGCAACUAUUGCGGAGUCUCGACACCCUUGACACUGUCUUAUGAAAUCUUUAUUAUUAUUUUAUAAUCCUUCUUCGAUCCCCAAAAGCCACAGAUUCCCUGAAUAUUUUAACAUGGCGCUCGAUCGAGUUCUGCGUGUAGUUUCUAGAAAAAUUAUCCAUCUUUGAGACGGAAUUGAAUUUUGAAGAAAAAUUACUAUUCGAACUCGUCGAACGCUGAUUGUAAAUAUGUACUUAUCCCACCUACCUAGUCUUUCAAGCGUGCUAUUCAAGGCACGAUAAAACCAACAGUAUUAUCGAAUCCCUGAUACGAAAAUUGUUACUCCUCGUCGCGUUGAAUCCUCUUGUAAAUCUUGUGCGUCCAUCAGAUCACUCUGACUUGUUAUCUAUAAUGGAAAAGGUAUUACAGCAACGACUACAUUGUUUCAAAACGAUUAAACUGUAGCCUCCCACUGAUAUUUCAGUGGUAUAAGAUUAAUAAUUUAAAGUGAUCUGUCGAGUCGCAUGUAUCACAGAAUUCUUAGGUAGGAUCGAUGCGAUGAGGACAAUUUGGUCCCUCGAUUUAUUAAAACUUUAAACUUAUUCUCAUGCUAUAAUAACGACGAAUUUUAAGAGUUUUAAAAAUCGUUAAGAUCGAUCCCCGACCUCUAUAUUUCUUUUAACUUGUACCUCUUUGCCGUUCACGUCCUUAACGCGUUGACUAUCCUAACAAAAUUAAAGAAAUCUUCAUUGUGACAGUCAGCAUGUUAAUACGCGAGGUUGAAAGUCAGUACGAUACUUUAAAAAGAAAAGAUGAGCUUUUACUAUCGUCCAUCGUUCGGGUCUCUUACAUGUGUAAGUAAUAUAGUAAGAUGCGUUGAUUAAAAACAUUUGUCUGAUAUCUUUGCACAUUGGAUCUAUAGUUUGCAAAUGAUACAAUGGCCAAGACAAGGAUCAAGUAGAAUUAUUUUCUUGUUCCAAAAUCAUUAGGUGUUAGGCGUGUGCAAAUAAUAUUUGACAAUCUUUUCAAACUUGCCUUCUAUUUAAACGAGUACUGAAAAGUUUCCUCGUCCUUGCUACGUUCUCUUCGAUACACUCGGCUACUUGUUACAUAAGCAAAAAAGUUUCAAGAGCGUAGUUUAAUGCUGCGAUAUACAAUUGCUGGAACAAGUCAUACAAAGCUUUAAGGUAUUCACAUAUGCUCGUUCAAUGGAUUAUAAGUUUAAUAAUUGCGAUGACCCAUGCACGAUGGAAAAUGUAGCUAGUAACCCAGUAAUAUAUUGUAGUACCCUCGACCAACUGAGAGAAACGUGAUCCUGCGAGAUCGACGCCUCUUGUGAUUCUCUUGUACCUUACUAUUUAUUACAAUUAUCGCGUAAAGAAUUAUUGUUAUUAAGACGAUUAAUUGUCCUCUAUCACGGUAUACGCGAAUACGAUCCUUUUAUGCGUACAAAUAUCAUCGAAUUUGUUGAAUUUCUCAAGUUUAUUAACAACCUCUAUUGUAAUUGAAUAUCAAAUGAGAACGUAACUAUCUACGUAAGCGUGCAUAUAUAAAGAUCGGUUCGUUUGUUUAUACAUUCGAUUGUUCUAGCAGUGUGCAAUUUUAAAGGUAUUCAGUACAAAUAAAUGAAUGCUCCUGAUAUGUGACGAA